AAUUGCAAGCUGCAGGGAGGCACUCGUCUUCCUGCAUUCUCAAAGGAUGGGGACUUUGUUAUUGGUGGUGUUUUUGCCUUUCAUAUCUACAUGCACACAGUUUACAAUAACUACACCAGCAUGCCUGAGCCUGCAAAAUGCAAAGGGAGCAUUAUCCCCAGUGAACUGCAGUCAUCGCGUGCGAUGGUCUUUGCCAUAGAAGAGAUUAACAACAGCACAGAGCUGCUGCCCGGAAUCAGGCUUGGUUAUCAGAUCUAUGACUCAUGUGCAUCAGUGCCUAUGGCAGUGCAUGUGGCAUUUCAGUUUUUGAAUAACUUCGACACUGUAUUUUCCACUGAUAGCAACUGCUCGCAAUCUGGUAUGGUGAUGGCUGUUGUUGGUGACUCUGGGUCUACAACAUCAAUCAGCAUAUCACGAGUCAUCACUUCAUUUAACAUUCCUCAAGUGAGCCACUUUUCCACAUGUGCAUGCUUGUCUGACAAGCAGCAGUAUCCAAGUUUUUUCAGAACAAUCCCCAGUGACCAGUUCCAAGCUGCAGCCCUAGCCAAAAUGGUAAAACACUUUGGCUGGACUUGGAUAGGUGCUGUUUGGUCAGAUACAGAUUAUGGAUAUCAUGGCAUGGCAUCCUUUCUAGAAGCAGCACAGAAAGAGGGGGUCUGUGUGGAAUAUUCUGUAGCUUUCCAUCGAACCUACCCACAGAGCAGGAUUCAGAAAGUUGCAGAUGUUAUCCGCAGGGCUACAGCUAUUAUUGUUGUGGCACUAGCCACAACAUUAGGUGACAUGAGGGCCCUGUUGGAGGAGCUAUCACGGGUGCCUUCCCCACCUCGCCAGUGGAUAGGCAGUGAAUCAUGGGUAACCAACCCAGAAUUAUUGAGGUUCAGUUUCGUUGCUGGGGCUGUUGGAUUUGGCAUUCAGAAAUCUGUAAUCCCAGGUCUCAGAAACUUCCUGGUGGAUCUCUCUCCCUCUCAAGUGGCUGCUUCCGAUAUACUUACUGAGUUCUGGGAAGAUGCAUUCAACUGCACAAUGAAAACAAUUCCUUCUGCAGACAAGAAGGUGUGUGAUGGAACUGAAGACAUACAGAAUCUCCAAAGUCAGUACACUGACACAUCACAGCUCAGAAUUACUAACAUGGUGUACAAGGCUGUGUAUGCAAUAGCACAUGCCAUCCAUAAUGCUGUGUGUCAGGGGGCAAAUGCCACAGCAAAGUGUGACAAACUAACCAAGUUAGAGCCCAAAGAGGUUUUAACUGAGCUCAAGAAAGUAAAUUUUUCCCAAAAUGGUUAUGAUGUGUCAUUUGAUGCUAGUGGGGAUCCUGUGGCUAUUUAUGAGCUGGUUAACUGGCAAAAAAAUAAAAGUGGCAUCACUGAGAUAGUAACUGUAGGGCUGUAUGAUGCUUCACUGCCACUGGGUCAAGAGUUCCAAAUUAACAGAAACAUAACCUGGAUGGAGGGUAGUAUGCAAGUACCAGUGUCAGUGUGCACUGACAGCUGUCCUCCAGGAACUCGUAAAGUGCUGCAGAAAGGAAAACCAAUCUGCUGCUAUGAUUGUACACCAUGUCCUGAGGGAGAGAUUAGUAAUACUACAGAUUCGACAGAUUGUUUACCCUGCCACAAGGAAUUCUGGCCUAAUGCAAAGAGAGACACUUGUAUUCCUAAGCCUGUAGAGUUUCUUUCCUUCCAAGAUAUCCUAGGAAUCAUCCUGGCUACAUUCUCAGUCCUUGGUGCCUGUCUGGCCAUCAUAACUGCAGCUAUAUUCUUUCAUCACAGGACAACUCCGAUUGUCAGGGCGAACAACUCGGAGCUGAGCUUCCUGCUGCUCAUUUCUCUGGCUCUGUGUUUCUUAUGUUCAUUGACUUUCAUUGGAGCACCAUCUGAUUGGUCCUGUAUGCUGCGUCAUGCUGCUUUUGGCAUCAUCUUUGUUCUCUGUAUCUCCUGUGUACUUGGGAAAACUAUAGUGGUUUUAAUGGCUUUCAAAGCUACACUUCCAGGUAGUAAUGUGAUGAAAUGGUUUGGUCCUCCACAGCAAAGAAUGACUGUUGUGUCUUUCACCUUUAUUCAAGUUUUAAUUUGUACUAUUUGGUUGGUACUUAGCCCUCCCUUCCCAAUAAAAAAUCUAACCACAUACAAGGAGAAAAUCAUACUGGAAUGUGCUUUAGGCUCACCCAUUGGCUUCUGGGCUGUGCUCGGUUACUUGGGCCUACUCGCUUCAUUUUGCUUUGUUUUAGCUGUCUUAGCCCGCAAAUUACCUGAUAAUUUCAAUGAAGCCAAGCUCAUCACCUUCAGCAUGCUGAUAUUCUGUGCAGUGUGGAUCACUUUUAUCCCAGCAUAUGUCAGCUCUCCUGGGAAAUUCACUGUGGUUGUGGAAAUUUUUGCCAUUCUGGCUUCCAGCUUUGGACUAAUAAUGUGUAUAUUUGCUCCAAAGUGUUUUAUCAUAUUGUUUAAGCCUGAGAGGAACACCAAGAAAUAUUUAAUGAACAAAAAUCAAUCAUAG